AUGUUGGUAACAUUAUGGGUGUUCCUGGUUGUCCACAUGUAUCUGCCAAAUGAUAUCUUUGGCUCUGGAAACCCAGAGAUUAGCAUCGCGCCGGCACGGGACGCCGUUCUUGCGACUUGGACAGACGCCGAGGCUCGGUCGGGUCCCGAGCCCCGCCGGAGAGUGGUACCCGCCAAGCGAUCCAUCGCCCGCUCCGAGCCCGUCUCCUUGCUUCGAAAGGUCCAGGGAUCUACCCGCAUCGCGCUCGACAUCGAGCCCCAGAGCGAAACGUAUUUGAAUGCGAAGAUCUUGUAUUCAUACACUCCUGACGCCAACCAGCCCGACGAUUCCUUCAACAAUACCGCGCCACUGGUGCUCAAUGUCUUGCAUAAAACGGCGAACCACAGUUGGGAAUGGGGCACCGAGGCCCAAGUGCUACUAGAGAUGAAGUACCCAGAUUUGAGCGUGUAUUCGACGCGACGAAAGCUGCCAUUGACGGCGGAUGAGGGGCCGAUAGAGCCGCCGCAGUUGAUGCUAGAUCUGAUAGACCCGAUUCUCGCUCGGCGGGAUCCUUCGAAGCUUCCGCUUGUUGACGGCGACGGCGCGGCCGGCGACCCGGCCAGUCUCGGGGUGGCCGUCCUCGUCGCCACGGUAGCCACGUCCAACGAUACUGUGCGCUCAGAACGGUAUCGGAAACUGGCCGAGGGGCAGUUGGAGUGGGUGCUGAAUCAGGUGCCCCGGUCCCCUGAAGGGGCCAUUUCGAUGCGAGAGAACGAAGUCCAAUUCUGGGCCGAUUUCAUCUACAUGCUCCCGCCGUUCUUGGCCUACUAUGGCGCCGCAACCUCUAAUAUCACCCUGCUCCAGUGUGCAUACGAUCAAGUAAGGUUGUAUAGACAAAAACUGCAAACUUCUUCCGAAACCAAACUCUGGAGUCAUAUCAUUGAAGGCAAAAAAGAAGAUCGUCUUAUUUGGUCCACAGGCAAUGGAUGGGCGGCUGCAGGGAUGAUGCGCGUGUAUGCGACCUUCGCGAACCUGCGAGACGUUGAGCUGUAUGCCCAGACGGAGUCGUGGAGGAAAGACCUUGCCGAAUGGGUGCUGGAGAUCGCCAAUGCAGCGUUUAAUCAUCAACAAAUGGACACGAAGCUGAUCCCGAACUACAUGCUAACGGACGAUCCAAAGCGAGAUUACCCAGAAUGCUCGGGGACGGCCUUAAUCGCCUCGGCGGCGUACAGACUUGCCUCCCUAGAGCCAUCCACCGUCCCCCGCUUACCUUUGUCCACGAUCGCCAAGUCGCGUAUUGCCAUCUUCAGUAAAUAUACCAAUAGUACCACCGGAGCAGUCGGUCCGGUCGUCGACCCCCUCGAUUGGAAUGCCGAGAAAGCUUUCACUGGAGCCACGCCUGAGGCGGGCGAUGUCAGCCCCGAAGGCCAGGCGUUUGUACUCCUCCUUUACGCCGCUUGGAACGCUUACACUAAUUCUUCGCAAUCUUCUGCUAAUUAUACCUAA